AUGCAACGAUUUUUUCCUUCGAAAAGUAUUCGAAGUUCAAAUGAAAGUCUCGAUAUGGGAAUAAAUCAUCGUAAACGUUCCCAAUCUCGUAAUAAAUCUUUAUCAUCACAUAUUGUAUCGACUUCAAGAAUUGAUUCUCAAGAAAAAAAAACGAAUGCACGUAUUGUACGAGUUCGUUUAGUUUUUAUUCGUAUUGGUGAAAUUGAUACACUUAAUGAAAAAUAUCAAGCAGAUGUUUAUGUUGAAGGAAAAUGGACAGAAGCUAUUCGUAUAUCAAACUUAAAUUCUCAACAACAAAACGAUUUAUUAAAUGAAAAUAAGGCAAUACGAAUAGAAAAAGAACUUGGUCCAAUAACUGAUUGGAGAUCACAGUUAUAUAUUGAAAAUGCAAUUGGACAAAUUGGUGAACAAGAUGUAUGGUUUACAAUAACAAAAAAAAUAGUAGAUAAACAUGAAACAAUACCAUCAUCAUUCGUUAAAGUUAAUAUAUGUGAACAUCGACGACUUAAAGGUGUUUUUUGGGAAAAAUUAGAACUAAAUCAUUUUCCUGCGGAUGUUCAAGAUUUAACAAUUUCAGUAACAACUCAUCAUUAUCUUGAAAAUUGUAUACUUGUUGAAGAUGAACAUUUACGCUCGAGUAUAAAUCGUGAAGCUUUUGUUGAUCAACAAGAAUGGAAAUUAUAUGAACAUGUUGCAACUGAAUCAAAACAAACAAAAGAAGAAUAUUCAUUUCAAGAUGAUAAUAGUGGAAUAGAACAAAAGAAACAUCCUAUACUAGCUGUUACUUGUCGCGCAGCUCGUCGACCUGGUUAUUAUUAUUGGAAUGGUUUUUGUCUUAUUUUUCUUAUUACUAUUUCUGCAUUUUGUAUUUUUUCAAUUCCACCAGAUUUACCACAAAAUCGUCUUCAAAUAACAUGCACACUUCUUCUUACUUCAGUUACAUUUCGUUGGGUAGUCAAUCGGUCAUUGCCAACUAUAUCAUAUUUAACAACACUCGAUAAAUAUGCAAUCAUAUCGAUUAUAAUGUUAGUUCUACUCUGUGUAUGGCAUUCUAUAAUUGCAUCAGUCAUAUUUCUUAAUCCAGAUAUAGCAGUAUUAAAAGGAAUAGCACCAACGAAUGUCUAUGCUAAUGUUGAUCGAUAUAUAUGUAUUAGUACAUUUAUAUGUUAUAUUAUUAUUCAUAUAAUACUUAUGAUUUGGCUUAUAUGUGUUCCAUAUAAACGAAGACGAGAAAUGGAAUAUCUCGAUCGUGAAUAUGCUGCUAACAAACAUAUUUAUAUAGAUUCAACUGUAAAACGAUUGAAUUCUGUUCAACCUCAAUCACAAGAUCUUGUAUUUCGUCGUACAUCAUCAAUUCGUGGAAAUUUACCCUUAGUAAAAUCUCCUGAUCGACCAAAAAAACCUGCAGAUGGUGUUACAAUGAUUCCGCAUGCUUCAGUAUUUCUUCCUAUAAAAGAAGAAACAAAUGAACCAGCAACAAAACAUCAUACUCCAAUCGAACUUCAAGAACAAGACGAUGUAUUUUAUGAUCAUACAAAUGAUAUUAAUGAUGAACUAAGAAAGACUUAUCCUCAACCUAUGAAAAAUCUUUGA